CGCGGAGUAGUUGUCAAACAAUCCUUCGCGGUUCGCCGCGACCCGCGUAAGCAAGACCGAAAGUAAUAAUUGUACAUACAUCUUAUACGCGUUAAAAAAGCUUAGACAUGGAUCGUAGCAGUAUUAGAUUGAUGGAGGAUAUAGUUUUGGAAGCCCGAGAAGAGAAAAAAUCGAAUUUAUCGAAAUCACGAUUGCAUUUAAAGGAGAAACCAAAAUCGAAGGACACAUGCUGCUUGAAAGCACAAACGCUAAAUCUUUCCAAAGAUUCAGAAAACCAACUUUUGCAUAAGUUGAAUGACGUUCGCGGAACAGCUUUAAAAUUAGCCGACCAAUGUGAAUACAAAAAGAACAGUAAUUUAGGAAAACAGUAUUGGGUUGAACGAUGCCAACUAAUUGUUAAAACAGAGGCUGAUCCUUCGUUUACCAAGACAUCAGAAGUAAAAGAGGAUUCUUCGAUAUGUAAUGACAAGAACUCGCAAAAUAAAACUGAAACUUUGAAGCAAAAUAUGGAGAUUAAAGCUAUGCAUUCGAGGAUACAAACGAAUUUCGAAUAUUUAGAAAUCGAUAUCGAAAGGUGCCCGUUGCGUCUACAAUAUAGAAAAUUAAAAAUAAUAGAAACGAUUAACGAAAAUCAGGUCACGAUUCUUUUUGGUGCGAUCGGUUGCGGCAAAACCACGCAGGUUCCUCAGUACAUCCUUGACGAAUGGUUAAAAAGUGAAAGCGAAGAGAGUAAUGAAAAAUUUGGAAUAAUCGUUACUCAGCCACGCCAAAUGAGCGCGAUCGGCGUUGCUAAAAGAGUAGCCGCUGAACGUCACGAGAGCGUAGGUAAUAUAGUUGGUUACAAAGUAGGGCUAAGAAGCGCCUUAUCGAGUCACACCAGGUUAACAUUUUGCACAGAACAAAUUUUGCUCGAGAGACUGUCCAGUGACUCUCAGCUUGAUUCCGUGACACACGUUAUAGUCGAUCAAGUUCACGAAAGAAGUGCUGAAUGUGACUUCCUCUUAAUGUCGUUGAAAAAACUGAUUGGUCUGAGAAAAGACUUGAAAGUAAUCCUAAUGGGUUCCUCACCAAAUGUCGAUGUAUUUUCUGAUUAUUUCGGGAAAGCGACAGUUUAUGAUGUUUAUCCUGAUGGAUAUUAUUUUUUCAACAAAACGGAGAUGUUUUUGGAGGACAUCAUGGAUCGCAUGCAUUACAGUAUCGAUGAAGGUUCAGAAUACGUGCGGAAAGACAGAGGAGACUGGAAUCAAAUAAACGAGGAUAUUAGUAAUGCCGAUGAUUUGAAAAAAAUAAAGCCGGCGCGUGUGAAAGAUACGAUUCCGGAUGAAGAGUUAACGUUACCCCAAGUUAUGGGGCGGUAUUCCAAGUACUCGCAGAUCACUCGGAGAAACAUUUACGUCAUGGAUCACGAUAAGAUUAAUUAUGAUCUCAUUGAGAAAACCUUAGAGUGGUAUAUUGAUUACAAAAGUUAUGACAAUCCUACGUGUGGUGCUCUUCUGAUUUUCUUACCAGGCAUAGAGGAAAUAGCGACGAUGAAAAAUAUUCUGGAAAAAAACGAAAAACUCGCAGAUCCUAAAAAAUUUGUCAUCAUACCGCUUCACCCGGAUUUAACACCAGAAGAACAAAGUUUAAUAUUUCAAAAACGAAAAGCUAAAGUUUUGAGAAUAUUUCUUACUACGGAUAUUGCCGAGUCUUCCGUCUGUAUAGACGACAUGUAUAUGAAGAUCAUCGAUGCCGGAAGAAUUAAAGUAAGACGAUUCAAUAUUAAUCUUCACAGGGACAGCUUCGACACAUGUUGGAUCUCUAAAGAUAAUUUUAAUCGGAGAAUGGCUCGAGCUAGUCAUACGUAUGCGAAUUAUUAUAUUCACCUGUAUUCAUCGUUUAGGUUUAACCAUCAAUUAGCUGACAAACCCCCAUCAGAAAUUUGCAGGAUUGCUUUGGAACCGCUAUUACUCCGCCUUAAAAUACUGCAGAAAAAUAAAUAUUUAGACUUCUAUCAAGCUCUGGGCAAUAUGCUAGAGCCACCACCUGUCGAUAAUAUCAAUGCAGCUAUCAAAAGAUUGCAAUAUGUUGGUGCAUUGGAUCCCGGAUCCAUGUUGACCCCGUUAGGCUAUCAUUUGGCAUCUUUACCCGUCGACGUGAGGAUAGGCAAAUUGAUACUGUUCGGGGCGAUUUUUCGUUGUGUGGACUCUGCCUUAACUAUUGCAGCUUGUUUGUUGCACGAAAGUCCUUUCGUCGAUUAUGCUCAUAACAAACAAGAAAUAAAAGCAAAAAAGAGAGAAUACGCAACUGAAAAUUCGGAUCAAUUGACCAGUUUGAAAAUUUACAAGAAAUGGCAGGAAAUCGCCGCACGCGAUUACGAUGCCGGAAAAAUAUUUGCAAAUGAAAACUUUUUAAGCCUCGACACCUUAAAAGUCUUAGCAGAUACGAAACAUUACUUGCUCGAAUUGUUGAAUCAUAUUGGUUUUGUAUCCGUAAACGCAAAAACCCAUUCUACGGUCGAAGAUCUGACGCUCGUGAGUACCGGUCAAGAACUGAAUGUUAAUAACGAAAACUACAAACUCCUGCAGGGUUUGAUAUGUGCAAGUUUGUAUCCUUGUUUGGCAACAUUAAUUCAGCCAGAAUCUUCGGCGACCGUUUCUGAACUAUCAAAUUCAGAAGAAUUCAAGUAUCUAACAAAAGAGAACGAGGCGGUUCACGUUCACCCGUCAUCCGUCAAUUUUAAUACCGAGCAUAAUCGCCCCAGUCAAUUUUUAGUUUAUCGACAAAGAAUUAAAAAAAGCAAAAUUUUCAUCCGAGAUGUAUCGGAGGCGCCUAUGUUACCAAUUGUUCUAUUUUGCGGCUACGGAAUUGACAUUGAAGUUAACGAUGAUGGUUGCACACUGUCAUUGGGAGAUGGCUUGAUUUCGUUCUCUGUGGGAUCUCUCAAAGUUGCACAACUUUUGCAGCACGCAAGAAUGGAGCUGGCGAAAUUAUUGGAGCAGAAAGUUCGAGAUCCUCAACUAGAUCUCGUCAACCAUCCCACUUGGGGAAAAGUUGUGAACGCUAUUGUCAGUAUAGUUACGAAUGGAUGAAUUAAUAUCUAUUUAUUUAAAUAUUUAAAAAAAUAACUUGCUGUGUUCUUAAAAGUAUCGUGUAAGACUUUAUCUGUGAUGUUGAUCCCUAGAGAAAUUUUGUAUCGACUUUUUAUAAAGACAAAGUUUGUUACUUGUAAAAUACAGUGAUUUUACUUUUGUAUAAUGGAAACUUGUUAUUUCAUUGUGUAUUCAAAUCUCCCGGCCUUUCCGCCAUCUUGCUCCUAACCUUACCUACGUGAUGUUACGGAAUACGGAGCUAACCUCAACGAGAACACAACAGCUCCGUGAUCGUAGCACAUUGUUGUACUUAUUUUGUUAAAUUAUGUGAAUUGAACAUUGUAUAAUUAAGUUGCUUUCAAUGCCGGUUGGCUAAUACAGCUAUACUAUAUUAUUCUGUAAGUGAUUUUGAACUUAUCAAUCAUGUCUGUGGCGAAUUUGAUCAUUACUCGAGGUAUAUCAACCUCAUGCGCCCGAUAUGGUAAACGUAAUUUUAGAAAAUUUACGUUGAUUAACAAACGAGGCACCAGAAUAUUCAAGAAAAUGCAAGCCGAAGAUCCGGAUCCACGUUAUCCUAUUGACAAACGUGGAGUAAGAGAUGUAGGAUACAUGGAUGGCAAGAAGUUUGUGGAAAUACCAGAAAUGAUUCCAGAAUUGAUAGUUCCUAAUUUGGAAGGUUUCAAAUUGAAGCCAUACGUUACCUACAAAGUUACAGAAGUUAAGAACGAAGUAUUCACAGCUGAGGAUCUAUUUUAUUCGGUGUAUGCAAACAAAAUCAGAGAAGACUAUAACAAAGGAAAAUUAGGACCAAAUGGAGAACCGUUAGAACCCAGUCCUGAGGAGCUUCUCACUCCCAAAGAAGCUAGAGAACUGGCUAGCAAACCUGGCAACGACAUAUUUACAGCACCACCAAAACCAGCUGGAACUAUUAUGCCGCAAGAUCCAAGAUAGGAAUUUCUUUCUUCUCAAGGUACACCGAUGAUGAAAUACACGUACAAUACUUUCUUUUUUUACAUCUAAAGAGUAUUUAUUGCAAUUUUAGAUUAAGUUUAACGUAAAACACUGCGAAAAAGUAAUAAAAAAAAAUUGUUAAACGAAAAA